CUGAUCGUAAAAGUCAGGAAUACUAUUCCAAGCGUUGAAAAUGAUCAUGUCUUCCUUCUCCAGUGUCUCCGGAUUUUAAACGUAUCUCAACAAACAUCAUACGAUAAUAGCAUUGAAAGUUUUGAGUAUCAUUCAUACAAACCAUAUGUAACUAGUUUUAACAAGAAUGACGAAAUACGUAUUCCUAUUAAUCAACAAGACCUGUACGUACUACCUUCACUCAGUAGCUUAUAUAUCGACGGAAAGGUGAACGUUUAUAACAGCACCACAAAAGAAAAGGUAUCAAACGUACAUUUUGUCAAUAAUCCCGUGCUAUUUCUUUUUCGAGACAUACGAUAUGAACUUAAUGGAGUAGAAAUAGAUCAAAUUAAGAUUGCUGGUGUCACUACUACAAUAAAAUCUUAUCUAUCCUUAAAUGAAAAUAAUGAAAAUAAAUCCAAAUGUACUCGAGUUUGGGGUUGGUCAACUGGCGGAACAAGCAAUACUAGUGGUGGAGCGUUUUCCACAUCUAUACCAUUGAAAAAUAUUUUAGCAUUUGCAGAAGAUUAUGAAAAAAAUAUAAUUAAUUGUAAACAUGAGUUAGUAUUAUUACGAAGCAAUACAAAUCUUAAUGCGAUCAAGUUAAAUACAAGUGAAGUUGUAGAAGAUAUUAUAAUAAAUGAAAUAGUUUGGCGAGUUCCACACAUCAAAGUAUCAGAACGUGAAAGAAUCAGCCUAUUAAAACAUUUAGAGAAAGAUAGAGAUAUUCCAUUGGCAUUCCGUUCCUGGGACUUAUAUGAAUAUCCAUUGCUACCCAAAACACGUAAACAUACUUGGUCUAUAAAAACUUCAUCGCAAAUAGAGAAACCACGAUUUGUGGUCAUUGCCUUGCAAACCAACCGCAAACAUAACGCGAAAUUAUCAAUGGCAGAGUUUGAUCAUUGUCACGUACGAGAUGUAAAAGUCUUUGUGAAUUCAUCAUAUUAUCCUUAUGAGGGGCUGAAUGUCAGUUUUUCAGAAGAUAAGUUUAUUUUAUUAUACGGUCAGUAUGCGAGAUUUCAACAGUCGUAUCAUGGACGCCAGUUAGAGCCGUUGAUGGGUUUAAAGGAGUUCAGAGACGUGGUUCCAUUAUUUGUAAUUGAUUGUUCAAGACAACACGAAACUUUAAAAGGUUCGAUCGAUGUGAGAGUUGAAAUCGAAACAGACCAAGAAAUACCAGAUCAGACAACCGCUUAUUGCUUGAUAUUAAACGACUGUAUAUUCGAAUACAAACCACUGAGUAAUAUCGUUAAGAAAAUAUCAUGA